UCUCUCUACUCAACUGUCCUUUCACUUGCCUUGUGCUUUCAAUCUCUCCUUCACUCUCAAGAUCUUAAUCUCCAUCUCUUCUUUGUUAAUUCUCUGUUCUUUUCUUCUCUCUACAUCUGCUAAAACGGUCAGCCAUGACGGCCCCGGACGCCAAAACCGGCACCGGCGACGAGAAGCUCGUGGUGGAGAUAAUAGGGGCCCACAACCUCAUGCCAAAAGACGGCGAAGGUUCUUCGUCACCUUUCGUGGAAGUCGAGUUCGAGGACCAAUGUCUACGAACUCACGUCAAACGCAAAGACCUAAACCCGAUAUGGAACGAGAAGCUCGUCUUCCACGUCAUCGACGCCAACGAGCUCCGUUACAAAACGCUUGAGAUCAGCGUUUUCAACGAGAAGCGUUCUUCGAACAGCAGAAACUUUUUGGGUAAAGUCAGAGUCUCGGGGUCUAGCGUUGGAAGAGAAGGAGAAUCAGCUGUUCAGCUGUACACGCUCGAAAAGAGAAGCCUUUUCUCGCACGUGCGAGGAGAGAUCAGCAUAAAACACUACGUCACCACAACAACUGAUAGCAAUGAAAAUAUAAUUCGGGUUAACGGGUCGGGUGGUUCGAAGAAAAGCAAGAAAGUGAGCUCUUCAAUUGGUACUCAGCAUCAACAAAUAGCUCUUCUCAAUCACCAGCAACAUAAUCAACAAAGAAUGCUACCAUUUUAUCCAAACCAAGGAGAGAUAAAACCUCUCGUGAUAACCGCUCUACCCGGUCCAAGACCCGGACCCGUCCUUUACACAAACGGGUCGAGUGAGUUUUUUCUCAAGGAGACAAAGCCUCGUCUUGGAGGAGUUACUAGCGGUUUGAGCAGCCACAAGGACAAGACAAGCUCGACAUUCGAUCUAGUCGAGCAAAUGCAGUACCUUUACGUACGAGUAAUAAAAGCGAAAGAUUUGUCCGUAUCCGGAGAAGUCGUGUCUGAAAUAAAGUUGGGUAAUUACAAGGGAGUUACUAAAAAGGUGAGUUCGACUAGCCUCGAGUGGAAUCAAGUCUUCGCAUUCUCUAAAGAAACCAUUCAAUCAUCCGUAGUCGAGAUCUUCCUCAGAGAAGUUAACCGGGACGAAUACACCGGUCGGGUCUGGUUCGAUUUAAGUGAAAUACCCACUCGGGUACCUCCGGAUAGUCCGUUAGCUCCGCAAUGGUACAAAAUAGAGAGUCGAAACGGCGUCGGAGAGCUUAUGGUUUCAGUGUGGUUCGGGACUCAAGCGGAUGAAGCUUUUUCCGAAGCGUGGCAUUCAAAAGCUGGUAACGUUCACAUAGAGGAGCUCUCUUCGAUCAAAUCUAAAGUUUACUUGUCUCCCAAGCUAUGGUACCUUAGGGUUUCGGUCAUCGAGGCUCAAGACGUUGCAGUUAUAAACAAAGGAUCGGGACUCACGAGGUUCCCCGAGCUCUCGGCGAAGUUACACGUCGGGAGCCAAAUCUUGCGGACCACGGUCUCGGCCGCGAACCCGACACGUAGCUUUACGAAUCCGUAUUGGAAUGAGGACUUGAUGUUCGUGGUCGCGGAGCCGUUCGAGGAUUACAUUACUGUUAUAGUGGAGGAUCGUGUCGGUGGUAAUGAUGUCGGGAGGGUUCAGAUUCCGGUUUCGGCUGUUGAGAGAAGAACCGGAGAUAAACCGGUUGGUUCGAGAUGGUUCACCUUAGACAAUAACGGUAACAACAAUAGUCAGUUUGGUUCUAGGAUUCAUCUGAGGCUGUCGCUAGACGGUGGCUACCAUGUUUUGGAUGAAGCCACGAUGUACACCAGCGACGUUAGACCGACGGCGAAGGAGCUUUGGAAACCGCAUGUCGGGCUUUUGGAGAUCGGGAUUCUCGGCGCGACGGGUCUGAUGCCGAUGAAGGUUAGAGACGGGAAAGGCAGUGGCACCGCUGACUCGUACUGCGUGGCUAAGUACGGUCCUAAAUGGGUGAGAACAAGAACCGUUGUGGACAGUCUUUGUCCGAAGUGGAACGAGCAGUAUACAUGGGAAGUCAACGACCCGUGCACUGUUGUAACCAUCGGCGUGUUCGAUAACGCGCGAGUCGACAAGAGUAACAGCAACACGCGCGAUGCGCGGAUCGGGAAAGUGAGGAUCAGGUUGUCUACACUGGAGACGGAACGUGUUUACACUCAUUCUUAUCCGUUGCUUGUGUUGCACGCAACGGGGGUUAAGAAAACCGGUGAGCUUCAUUUAGCGGUUAGGUUAUCGCGCGGUAACGCUGUCAAUAUGUUUCAGAUGUAUACGUUGCCGCUGCUUCCGAAGAUGCAUUAUACUCAGCCGUUGGGAGUUCAUUUGAUUGAGCGUUUGCGUUACCAGACGCUAAACGCGGUCGCUGCGAGGCUGAGUAGAGCGGAACCGCCUUUGGGACGUGAGGUCGUUGAGUACAUGCUUGAUCACGAUUUUCACGUUUGGAGUAUGAGAAGGAGCAAAGCUAAUUUUUUCCGUCUGGUUAACGUGGUCUCGAGUUUGGUGUGGGUUGCGAGAUUGGUCGAGGCUAUGAGGAGUUGGACCAAACCGGUUUGCUCUACGGUUUUCGUUGCGGUGUUCUUGUUUAUGGUUUUGUUUCCGGAGCUUAUAUUACCGUCUCUGUUUCUCUACGCGGCUACUGUUGGCGUUUGGCGUUUCAGGAAGCGGCCUAGGCAUCCGCCGCACAUGGACGCGCGUAUCUCCCACGCGGAGACCGUGUUUCCCGACGAGCUCGACGAAGAGUUCGACACGUUUCCGACGAGCAGAGGGUUUGAAGUUGUGAGAAUGAGGUACGAUCGCGUCAGGAGCAUCGCCGGGAGGAUUCAGACGGUGGUUGGUGACAUGGCGAGUCAGGGAGAGAGAGCUCAAGCUUUGCUGAGCUGGCGUGAUCCUCGUGCGACGUUUAUAUUCCUUGUGUUCUGUUUGGUCUCUGCGGUUGGGUUUUACGUCGUGCCGGUUAAGUUAACCGUGGCUGUUGCUGGUUUGUAUUAUCUGAGACCGCCUCGGUUCAGGAGGAGGCUGCCGUCGCGUGGGCUUAGCUUCUUUAGGCGGUUGCCUUCAAGAGCCGAUAGCUUGCUUUAGAUCUC